GAGGAUCACUGAGGCAAACCAACAGCAGCAAGAGACUUUGGACUGGUACCUGUGUAACAGAAUGUCAAGUGUUGGCUCAUUUACACAGUUCUUGUACUGUCCCCUGUGUAGGAUCAGCUACAAAAAGUCACGGAAACACAUGUACUCUAAGAGGCAUCAAGAGAUUGUGUUGAAUAUUUUGAAGAAAUUCAGUACUAAGAUUCAGAAUGCCAAGGCCAGUGUCACCCAACCCAAGAUCAGGAUGCUGACAGCGGAGGACAGAGAAAUCUUCUUCUGGUGCUAUUUUUGUCAAAAGGAUGUGCUGGUGCAUUCGUUCAAGCAAAGCCAGAGGGGUGACUGCGUUAUUGAAAGUGGAGGAAUCCUAGAACACAUCAGUGGAUCAGACCAUGGAGUGUGUGCAGACAGGUUUUUAAAAGAGAAUAAAGUGGAGCUUGAAAGAAAGCAAGAAUUUGUGAUGUCCUCUCAGGGAUAUAUGAAGUUUUGGGAAGCUGCCAGCUAUGCUUGUGAAUCAUUUGUCAGUGAGAAGGUCAAGGCUUUACAGCAGAUUACCGCUGACAUUUCUGGACAGAAUUUACACAGCCAGUACACUUUGAUGUCAGCAACGUUGGACAAGAACGAUGGCCGGCAGUCCACUCAAGGAAGCUUUGUGCAGCCUGGGCCGCAGCAGCAGACCAGAGAUGAAGCUACCUGGUUUGAUCCUGAGGCUCAAAGAAAGAAAACGGAAAGAGCUUUUGGAGAGGGACUGACAGCCCUUGACAGAACUCAGGAAGACGACAGCGUUGGGAAUAUCUACACCAACGCUCUCCCACCUUGGCUGAGGGCUGACCCUGACGCCGAUGGAGCAGCCACAGCCAGCCGGAAAAUAGGACCCGACAUCGGAGACUGGGACAAGCAUAAAAAGCUAAAGAAAAAAUCUCUUCUCCGAGCGGAUAGAACUGGUGCCAAAUUUGAUCGGCAGAAGGAACAGUCUGACAACUGGCUACCCUCCUUUGGCGGAGUCUGGAGGCACAGCGCACGUACACACUCAGUGAAACAUUUUCAGAAGAGACAAGACCUGAAAGACCCCAGCAGACCUUCAGCCUCAUCUGGCAGUCUGGUUGUCCGAUCUGGCUUGUCAAAGUCGUCGAACAGCACUCCUACGGGAAAUCCAUGGCUCAUUCCGAACUGUUUACCCACUGCCCCCUCUUCCGGCUCACAAACUGAGUCUCGGGUGAAUGGAGCCGUACCGUCAAGUUUUGUUUCAGAUUCAGGAGGGGAUGGUGCACGAUCUGUAAAUGUGAGACCGUAUGUGAGAAAGCAAGGUGGCUGUGUCGGGAGUGGUCGGUCUAUGUCGGAUUUUCACGCCAGUCCAGCUGAACCAACUGGAAAUUUGGCUUCUUCGGAGGAAAGCUUCAUGGACUUUGUAGGUGUAAAGCCUUAUGUACGAAAGCGUAGAUCCCAGAAUAAAGCUGCUGGGUCUGUUGCUAUGAACAGUUAUCCCUAUCCAACUGUUUAUGGUGGAGGUGAGCAAGACAGGUGGAGAAGACAGGUGUCAGGUGACCAUUAUCGUCCUAGCUCGUCUCGACAGCAAGCUGACUCGACUUAUUCAAAAGGUGAUCGUGAAGAUUCUUCGUUUUCAUUAAUUUCUACUCCAGUGCUUCACCUCAAGUGAUUUACUCAGACGAUUUGAUGAAAGUUUCUCAGUGGGAAGGAGGCUUCGUGUUGGGGGGGUUACUUGUAUUUUGAUAAAAUGCUGAACUUGACUUAUACUAUCUUAUAGGGUUACAGUUCCCCCCCCUGUUGUUGUCCAUGGAGUUAAUCUUGUCUUGUUGAUUUGUACAAGCCAGUGGAGUCACUUGCGGAGCCAAAUACUUCAGGUUGCAGGCUGAACGGGAUUAUCACACAUUGAGCAGUGGAAAACUUAAAGUACUUUAAAACCGUGAAAUGAAUUACAACAGACAAGAGUUAAAAUGAUAAUAAUUAAGGCAUGCUCAAUGUUGCUAUUCUUAUGCCAGUUUGUCAGAGGUGGAUGGUUGGUGUUGUUUCUUGGCAGCAUGGCAAGUUCGUUUAUGUUUGGGGCAAUGUUCUGUGUUAUGUAUGAAGACUCUCAGGGAUGGCUACCUUAGACUACCUAAAAUUCUCUCAUGGGUCGGACGUAAUUGUUUUCUGGGCGGGAUGAGGCCCGCCAGCCUUGAGUUUGAUACAUGCGAUAUAGGCCUAUACAGCUCCUCCUGUCAUCUCGGUUGCCCUGUUGUUCCUGCCAUUCUUCUUCAAGACCUAUUAAGAAUUUUUCUUUUUUAACUGGCUGUCUCAUUUCAGAGUUUGUACAACAGUGAGGAUUAAAAAAAAAUACUGUUGAUACAUGUGAGGCAUCAUGGUGAAAUCAGGUGCUUGUCAAAAUAAAGAAAUC